AUGGCGAGUCAGAAUAAAAUUUUCAAAGGUGAGCUUAGGAGCACAUGGGGGUCCUAUGCCGCAGUACGGUCAUUGUGCGUCUCCCCAAAGAUGGCUGCCGCUGCAGAUGUGGACCGCUUACACCUGAGACGGACAACUGAACAGCACGUUCCAGAGGUGGAAGUCCAAGUCAAACGCAGAAGGACCGCCUCUCUGAGCAACCAAGAGUGUCAGCUGUACCCAAGGCGAUCUCAGCUGCAGCAAGUACCUGUGGUGGAUUUCCAGGCGGAAUUGAGACAGGCAUUCUUAGCUGAGACACCAAGAGGUGGUUAA